AUGAACAAUCUACCCUCUUCACCAGCAUACUAUCUUGGGCCGAUCAGCCGCCCCGUUCUCCCAGCUCACCGCAUGGAUAAUCUGAAAGAACGCGAGCCAUCAAGGGCAGGAGACCUCUACACAGCAGAGAUCGGUCAGACGGUCAACACUAUGAACUCAGAGAAACGCGGUCAAGUUGAUAACGGGGAGAUGGUCCGCCGUAGACCCGGUCCACUACCCAACUAUUCUGGGCGUGAGCCAAAACGACAGACCGACCGCCGAGCUCUGCAGCGCGCAUACAAGAAAGCAGUCAGGAUCCAUACCGAGCACACCCAGGUUGUCGACACUGUCAAUACUAUACCGAAAGACAAGAUGUCGGAUCUGAAUGAACGAGACCCUGCGAGAGCAGUAAACGAGUGGCAGAAUCUCCCAGCAGGUCAGCUCAACAGCAACAAGGUGCAACGCAACAUGAUGAAGCUUGUAAUGGCUAGAUAUUCCCAAAUCAAUUCAAUCCACUACAGCACAAUCCUCGGAGGCCCGCAGGCGAAUGCCGGACACCUCGAGAGUAUCAUUAAGAAACUGGUAGCCACCAUCACCACCAGCUGGAUUGGAACUUCGUCGUGGCUUCAAGCUUUUGUCGAGGGCGAGACAUGCUGGUCAGAUUACCAAGUUAUCAUCAACAACCUCCACCGCAUGUCAAAGCUCUUGAAGCUAAUCCCGGAGGGCGAGACGCCUAGAAAUAGCGUACAACGCCGCACGCGCCGCGAAGCGUACAAGAAAGCUCUGCGCGCCUAUCAAGAACACGUCCGUCUGGGGGCAGAGGCGGAGAUUCCGACAGCAGAAGAUGCCUUAGACGACUUGUCGACAAAAGUCGGCGUGACACAAGUUGAACUUCAGGGCGCUUGGGACGAGCUCGCUUCCCUCCGUGGCCAUGGAGAAGGCAUCAUUCCCACGACCUGGCGGGCAUCUCGAUCUGGUUCGGAUGGGGAGGCAGUCGCGCCUCCCGCCGCUCGCCGGCCGCGCCCUUCGCUGCUGAGCGUACAAGAAGGCGAUCCGAAGUCACAUGGGCACAACCACCCAGAAGUGGCACUGGAGCUCGGUGGUGCCGAAGCAGCACUAGAAACUGCCCCGGCGCUCAGAGACGGUGUCACUCAUGUCGAAUGA